AACAGAGCGAGUUCGCGUCGUGGACGGCCGUUCGCAGCUGCGAUGUCAGUUCGUCCAAGAUGGCGACCCCCAGUGAGCUGUCCCUCGAAGAGAUUCGCAACUACCUGCUGGAAAACGGGGGCACGGCGCGCAAUCACGACCUGGUGAAGCAUUUCAAGCGGUUCCUGACGGACCCGGAGACGCGAGUCGAAGCGAGGAACCGUUUCAAGGAGUACGUCAAUACUCUGGCUACCAUAAAGAACGAGGAGGGUGAAAAGUACUUGGUACUCAAGAAGAAAUACCGGCAACCCUUCUUAGACCUUUCGUCUCCUAAGCAAGUGGCAUCUCCUCUCGCCACUCCCGAUUUAGCUACUCCAGUUUCUCCUCUGCGAGAACCUCCGCCUUAUCGGCCACCUCCUCCUGCACCCCUCAGUCCAUCUUCAAGUAAUUUUCAUGCGAGUCUCGAAGAUGGUGCGACGUCAAUCUCCGUGCGUGAAAAAAAUGACGAUCCGGAAUCGAUCGCGUCGGUGUCGUCACCGCCUGUUCCACCGCGUCGCAAAAGUCAGGACAAGCUCAAAGUGGAGAACAAGGAAAACGUCGACAGAAACAGGAACAGCUCCUCAGAAGCCGUCAUAAAGGAAGAUGAAGGACCAACGACUACAAAUCCUUCUUCGGCGGAGCAACUCAGCUUUCGCGAACGAAUGCAACGUUUCAAUCGGAUGGCUAGUGAAACCGAUCUUCAUGCACGACCUAACGAUACAACUGUACCUGCUAGAAAACGGACAGACAAAGGCGCCGACGAGGAUGACAGCGCUUCCGUUGCCUCGCAACUGGAUGGAAAAUCGCGGGAGUGGCUGGUCAGAGCGGCACAGGGGGACUACCAGGCGCUGGCGAAGCUCGCUGCCGAGGAACCUCGUCUCACCAGGCUCAAGGAUCCGACUUCCGUGAGUAUAGGUCAUUAAGUUACCAGCCAAAUGCUACAAAGUAAUGGGUUCGGGCCGGGAGAGAAAAGCCGAGCCGAUGGUCGGCAAUUAAUUGCGGGGCGCCGGUUCCUUCGUGGGCACGAGAGCUCGCAGGGCGCGUUUUGCGCGAACGGCGAGAAGUUUUGCCCGUAUCAGCGUGCAUGCAGUUUGCACUUGCGUUAAUCGUUGAAAAAUGAUCGCGCGAAGAUGCAAGACGCGAAGCGUUGUUAAACUAGUAGCAAUAAUUCGCGAGUCGAGAAACUGUGCGGCAAAACUUCUCCCAUCGUUACAUUAAUGGCAUGUGUUUUUGUUACAUAUUUCCGAUGGAAUCGUCGUUUAAUCUUCACGGACAAAACAUCAUUGUGUACCACAUUCAGGGCUAUACGGCUUUACAUUGGGGCGCCAAACACGGCGACGAGAACAUCGUUAAAUUAAUAGCGGGCACCUACAGAGACUGCAUCAAGAGCGUCAAUGAGACUACGGUGAGUAGUCCCUUCUCUGAGAUUACUAAAUAAAACGUUCAUUUAGUGCACGUUUAAAUAUUAACACACUAUAAGAACAAUAAUAUUACAUGUAAAAUAUUGAUGCGAUUACUCGAUCUUACAUUAUUGGUUCAUUAAUGAUACAAGAUCAAAAAUCAACUUAAUCUUUCAUAUUUUUUUUUCUGUUUUCGGCCAUCGGAUGUCUCCAUCGAAUGAUGCAGAAUGGGGGCUACACGCCGCUGCAUAUCGCCAUGCAGUUCGGACACGAGAACAUAUUCAAUCUCUUGGUUCAAGUGUACGGCGCGAAUCAAGACGUGCGCGAUUACAGCGGAAGGAA